UUUUUUUUUGUACUAUGAAUUUUUUUGUUUGUUUGUGCACUAGUUUACCUUUAAGCACCAAAUAUAUAAUAAUGAAUACAUAUGAAGAAUUAUCAUAAAUGACAGAUAAGUUAGGUAUACUCGAUGAAUUGGACGAUUCUAUCGAAACAGUCAUACCGAAAUUUAAAAAGAAAACUCCUAAAGUUAAGAGUGUAAAUGUUCAUAGAUUGACAUUUCGUGAUGAUGAUCAAGAUGAAGAAGACAAUAAUUUAAUAAUACCGUCUAAACAAUCCGGAGGAUUUAAAAGUAGAAACCCAUUUAAAACAGUUCAAUCUAGUAGUUUUCGUAAUAAUAAAUUUAAAACUAAUGUAAAGAAUGACUCAGAUGAAAUACUUGAAUUAGAUGAUGAUCCAGAAAAUGAUCCUGUCAUUGAAAAUAUCCAUGAUUUGGGUGAAGACUUUAAAUUACGACCUCAUGAAGAAAGUAUAAGUUCACCAUCACCAAUUAUACCAGAAAAGAAAUAUGUACCAAUAGAAACAAAUAAGUUUUCUAUUAAAAUAUCAAAACAGGAAUUACAAAAUGAGUAUAGAGAUGAACAUUCUCUAGAUUUUAAUGAAGAAGAUGAACCAAAAGGUCAAGUUUAUGAUGAUAGUGAUACUGAGAUGGCACAAGCACAAUUUAUUGAUGAUGCUCCAUUAAAAAUUAAAAAGGCUGAGGUUUCAGAGAAAUAUCAACAAAUAUCAGAUCGAUAUGAUGUAGAAAUAAAAUCAGAUCUGGAUUAUGAUGAAGAUGAUAAUAAUAAUAAUGAAGACUCACCGUUAACUAGUGGUCCUAAGGGCUCAAUAAAAGUUAAAGAGAUUUUACCUAUUGAUGAGCAAAUAGAUGCUUUAAGGCAACGUAUAACUGACUUACAAAUUAAAAAGACAAAUGCCGAAACUAACUUAAACUUAUUAACUAAAAGUCUUGCACAAACUAAACAAGAAAAAGAAAACUUGCAGCAUAAACUUGAUGCUUAUGAAUUGUAACUAUAGUAAAUUAUUUAAAUGCCGUAUAAUAUAUGAUUUUAUUAAUGCUAGUAAUUACUGCAUGUAAGCGUAAAUUUGAGAAUCCCUAACAAAGCGGCGAUCUUCAACCGCGCUUAGCCAUUUUCAA